AUGCGUCCCACUCAAUUACUUGCCCUCGCGAUGGCCAUCGCUACCUCCGAGGCCGUCUCCCAGGGUUUCAACUACGGUGCUACUAAGGUUGAUGGCUCUGUCAAGGUCCAAGCUGACUUCGAGACCGAGUUUUCAACUGCCAAGAAUCUUGUUGGAACCGACAAUGCCUUCACCAGUGCUCGUCUGUACACCAUGAUUCAGGGCGGCACAACCAACGGUCCCAUUGAGGCCAUUCCCGCCGCCAUCAAGGAGAAGACCACUCUUUUGCUUGGUCUCUGGGCUUCCGGUGGUGACAUGGCCAACGAGAUCGCCGCCCUCAAAACUGCCAUCUCCACCUACGGCAAUGCCUUCACAGACCUGGUCGUCGGUAUCUCCGUCGGCAGUGAGGAUCUUUACCGUAACUCCGUCACCGGUGUUAAGGCCAACGCCGGCCUUGGUGCUCAACCCACUGAGCUUGUCGACUACAUUCACCAGGUCCGCUCCGCCAUUUCCGGUACUUCCCUGAGCGGUGCCCCCAUCGGUCACGUUGACACCUGGAACUCAUGGACCAACGGCUCCAACUCUGCCGUCGUCGAGGCCGUCGAUUGGCUUGGUUUCGAUGGAUACCCCUACUAUGAGAACACCGACCCCAACUCCGUCGAGGACGCCAAGGCGCUCUUCAACAGGGGCGUUGAGAGGACCAAGGCUAUCGCCGGCGGAAAGGAGGUCUGGAUCACUGAGACCGGUUGGCCCACUACCGGCUCCACCCAGAACCUCGCUGUUGCCAGCGUCGCCAACGCCAAGAAGUACUGGGACGAAGUUGCUUGCCCUCUGCUGGGUGUCACCAACACCUGGUGGUACAUUCUCGAUGAUGCCGGUACUACCGCCCCUAGCUUCGGUGUCACUGGUUCCGCCACCGACACGACCCCUCUGUACGACCUGAGCUGCAAGGCCUCCACAUCCUCCAGCUCUGCCGUCGCUUCCUCCAGCACCUCUGGUGCCGGCACCGCUGAGAAGUCUGGUGUCCUCUCCGGCGCUUCUGCCUCCGCCACCGGCUCCUCUGGCUCUAGCUCUUCAGGUUCCUCUGGCUCUGGUUCCUCUGGCUCUGGCUCCUCUGACUCUGGCUCCUCUGGCUCUGGCUCCUCUGGCUCUGGCUCCUCUGGAUCCUCCCCCGUCGGUGCUUCCUCCGCAUCUGUGACCCCCGGUGUCCGCCCCUCUACCAAGCCCAUGUCCAAGGGCGCUUCUGGCUCCGCCUACGCUUCCGGAUUUGCCUCUCGCACUGCCACUGGUUUCUCCUCUUCCGCCACUGGUGGCAGCAAGGGCUCUGGAUCUGGCUCCGGCUCUUCUUCCUCUGACUCUGCAUCCGCCUCCUCCAGCGUCUCCGUCAGCUCCGCCACCCGUGUUGCCGGCUCUGCUGCCGGUGCCCUGGUUGCUGCUCUUGCUCUCGCUUUCACUUUCUAA